AUGAACACUGCGCUUGCUGCAUUCGUCUUGGCCCUUCCAUUUUUAACCGCGGCUGAACGUACCGCUCCUCGUGUCGGCACCGUCAUACCGUUGUCACGUCGCUUCAAUCUAGCGGACGACAGUGGUGUAGUGAACACGACCUUCAUCCAGCGUCAUAAAUCUUCUGUGCAGAGGAAGAUUCAGCGGGGCUUCGCUGCGUUUGAGCGAAACACAGGAAGCGUUCAUCCUAGCAACAUAGCGGGCCUUACAAAAAGGGCCACCGGCGCAGACGCAUUGACUGACGAUGAGGGCGAACUGUGGCAAGGAGAUAUCAGCGUUGGGACGCCCCCUGUCGGUUUCACUGUUGAUUUCGACACUGGUAGUAGCGAUCUGUUCUUACCAGGAGUCGACUGUACGGUGAACUGUGAAGGUCACACCUUGUUCGAUCCCUCUGCCAGUGCUACGGCAGCCGACCAGGCCCAACCAUAUAGCUUAGCAUUCGGCGAUGGCUCUACGGUUGAAGGAGACGUAUUCACCGACACAGUAACUGUGGCGGGCCUAACUGCGACCAGUCAAUCUGUGGGCGACUCCAGCCAGUACUCUGCGGGUUUUGCAAUCGAUGAAUUUCCCCCGGACGGUCUCUUGGGUAUGGGCUUCCCCGAAAUAUCUGUCUUUGGCGACAAUCCCUUCUUCCAAACGCUCGUCGCAGAAGGCGUUGUCACUGCUCCUGAAUUCGGGGUCAAACUCGCACCUACGGGCUCUGAGCUCUUCUUGGGAGGCGUUGACACUUCUGCCUUCACUGGAGACAUCACCAACGUCCCCGUUAAUCCCGUCGGGUUUUGGCAAGUCAAUAUGGAUGCUGUGUCAGCGGACGGAACAGCUGCUGUCACCGACGUAACCACUAUUGUUGAUACUGGUACUACCCUGAUCAUCGGACCCACUGACGACGUGGCGGCCUUCUACGCUGCUGUACCAGGUUCCCAGGACGCCUCACAAACCCUCGGUGCUGGCUUCUUCACAUUCCCAUGUGCUUCUGUGCCAGACGUCAGCUUGACUUUUGGUGGGACGGCGUUUCCUAUUUCCGCGGACACGUUCAACCUCGGCCAAGUUGCUGUCGGCUCCCCCGAUUGUGUUGGCGGAAUCACCGGCGAAGAUGGUAUUCCAUUCUGGGUCGCCGGAGACGUGUUCUUGCAGAAUGUUUACGCAGUCUUUGACGUCGGCAACACUCAAGUCGGGUUUGCUACUCAGGCCUGA